AUGGGUUCUGAAGCCCCUCUCUCUGCUCCAAAUAUCACUGAUGCAAAAAGGAAUGAUGGAGAAGCUGGAAGUGAUGAUGAUCAUCCACAAAUUCCUGGAUGGUUUGCAGAACAUUGUCCAAUAUGGCCAGGAGAAGCACACUUCUUGAAGGUAGAUAAUAUUUGUUUCCAAGGGAAAUCUCAAUUUCAAGAUAUGCUAGUUUUUCAGACAUCAACAUAUGGCAAGGUAUUUGUUCUGGAUGAUGCACUCCAGCUCACUGAGAAAGAUGAAUGUUCUUACCAAGAAAUGAUGACUCACCUUCCUCUUUGCUCAAUCCCAAACCCUAAAAAGGUGCUGCUUUUUGGUGGAGGAGAUGGUGGCAUCCUUAGGGAAAUUUCACGUCACUCUUCUGUUGAACACAUUGACAUAUGUGAAAUUGACACUAUGCUCAUUGAUGUUUAUAAAAAAUAUUUCCCAGAUAUAGCUAUUGGAUACAAGGACCCUAGAGUUCAGCUUCAUGUUACAGAUGGAACACUUUUUCUGAAAUCUGUUGCAAAGGGCACUUAUGAUGCAAUAAUAGUGGAUGCAUUCGACCCAAUAAGGUCUGAUCAUGAGCUAUUUGAAACUGAAUUCUUUGAACUGAUUUCAAAAGCUCUUCGUCCUGGAGGAGUUUUGUGUAUCCAAGCAGAGAGCUUUUGGUAUAAGUCAUUGGAUAUUGAAGAGCUUUUAAUCAAAAGCCGCAAAAUUUUCAAAGGGACUAGUGAUUAUGCAUGGACAAAUGUUCCAACAUAUCCAAGUGGAGUGAUUGGUUUCUUGCUUUGUUCAACUGAAGGUCCACAUGUGGACUUCAGAAAUCCAGUUAACCCUAUUGGUCCAGAAAAUUAUGGUGUGUCAAAGUAUCCUUUGAAGUAUUACAACUCUGAGUAUCAUUCAGCUUCAUUUUGCUUGCCAUCUUUUGCCAAAAGGACCAAAGCUAAGAGCACUGCAUGA